AUGGCGGAAGUCGACUCCCAGCUCAUCCCUGCCAAGCGGCGGCGGAUCACCAAGGAGCGGACAGAACUGGAGGUGCUGCUGGCCGAGGAAGUCAGCCCGCCGGAUUUCGGCGGUCGGUUGGCCAGCAUGCUUUGGGACGUACAGGUUCAACACUCGUUUGCAGUGGAGUACAUCCACCUCUUUUUUGGAGUAGGCCGCGUUCCGCUGGAGAGGCGGACACGCCGCGUCGUGACGCCCGAGAUGUAUUCGCUGCUUCGCUGCUCCCGCUCGAUGCGGCGCAGCCUCAUUGCAGCUGUGGAGGCGCGUCGGUUAACCCUGGAGCCCGACGCCAGCGACGAUGAGACGAGUUUGGUGGAUGAGCUUUGCAACGCGCUGAGGUACAAGUACCCUGCAAGCUGGGCGUCGGUAGCGGGCCGGCAGCCACCGCCCGCGGACAAACCUGCGCCGAUCGCACUUUGA